AUGAGCCCUAACACUGCAAAGGACUCCCUCCAGGCCUUUUGCAGCUCAAUAGCAGGCCUCCUAUCCUCCCGCGCAGUCCUGCAGGGCGUUGGCGUUGGCAAUCCAAACGCCUCGCCAACAUCCGCGCUCCUGCUUCACAUCUUACAAGAUACUUCCGGGCGAAUUGCCACGGUACUAUUCGCGCAUCGGGUUGGCACAGCCCUCGAGCCAGAGUGCAAAACCUACCGACUAGCCGCAGACGUCUUUAACGACAUCGCCAUGAUCCUGGACUGUCUCUCCCCCGGCGUCCCAGCCGGCGCAAUGCGCGUUACCGUGCUCAGCACAGCAGGUGUCCUGCGCGCCCUCUGCGGCGUAGCAGGUGGGAGUUCGAAAGCGAGUCUCAGUGCACAUUUUGCCAAGUGGGGGAAUCUGGCAGAACUCAAUGCCAAAGAUUCAUCUCAAGAGACUGUCAUUUCACUCAUUGGCAUGUUGGUUGGAUCCGUAGUCGUUUCCCAGAUCACGGGAUUCACAACGACAUGGCUGGUUCUCCUUGUUCUACUGGGACUACACCUGGGCAUGAACUAUGCGGCCGUGCGCGCAGUGCAGAUGACGAGUCUGAAUCGUCAACGGGCAAACAUUGUUUUCUCUGCUCUGUUGGAUUCCGAUUCCGAUCCCAACACCGACGCGAGAUCGAGCCAAUCGGCUGUUCUGACGCCUGCGCAGGUCGCGAGCCAAGAGCGCAUUUUCCAUCGAGAUGGCGCUUUGCAUUGGACAGUUGAGUCUACUUCUGUAUACCUGGGUUCGGCCUGUGUGGGUAUUCCCAUGGCUGCGUUUGUAGCGGAGAGUCCUCCACUAGGACGACUUACGGGGCUGUUCAGCGGUGAAGCUUAUAUGCUUUAUUUUUCGGAGAAGAGACACGUUUCCAUCGUGCUCAAGAGGGGCUGCUUGGUUCAGGAUCAGUUGAAGGCUUGGACACAUGGGCUGCUGGCUUUGAAGUUGUGGGAUGGGUCAUCUGAGGUGAUGAGUGUUCUUGAAGAGUCUCUCGCCUUCUUGAACAACGGAGAUCGGUUUAGGGGGUAUAUCACGAAGCUGCGAGGUGUGGGCUGGAAUAUUGAUAUUGCGGCACUUGAGACACGGAGUGGGAGGAGAAUUGAUAUUUGA